UACGAGUGUGUGCAGAGCUGAGCGCCACCCGGGGAAACUGAACCUGGAAGCUCGCUAAAUCUCACAGCAAAUCCCUUUAGCUGCGAGUUGUCAUGGCUUGACUGGUCUCUGUGGGAAGUUUCAGGAAAUGCAACAGGUGGACGGGUCGUGGCAAUGAGUGGUGGACUACCCUUUCUUUAGCGUCUCGGGCUAACUACUACUGCUGUUGUCCCGUGUGUACUUCAAGGUGCCUGAAGGAACUACUGCGCACUCUUGAACACGGUAAAGUCACACCAUGGACGACAGCGGCCUCAGUGACUCGAAUGUGAAGGUGGCUGUUCGUGUGCGGCCAAUGAACAGGAGAGAAAAGGACCUAAAAACAAAAUCUGUGGUGGAUAUGGAGGGGAAUCAGACAGUUCUGCAUCCAGCCAUCACCAACCUGAACCAAGGAGACCCUCGGAGUCAGCCAAAGGCUUUUGCGUACGACUACUGUUUCUGGUCCAUGGAUGAAUCUCAGAAAGACAAAUUCGCAGGUCAGGAUGUUGUGUUCCAGUGCCUUGGACAGAGUCUGCUGGACAAUGCCUUCAUGGGCUACAACGCUUGCAUCUUUGCUUACGGGCAGACAGGCUCUGGGAAGUCGUACACCAUGAUGGGCUCAGCAGAGCAGCCUGGUCUGAUCCCUCGACUCUGCAGCUCCCUGUUCAGCAGGACUGUGCAGGAGGCUCGAGAGGGAGAAAGCUUCACUGUGGAAGUCUCCUACAUGGAGAUCUACAACGAGAAGGUCCGAGACCUGCUCGACCCAAAAGGAAGUCGACAAGCGCUGAGAGUGAGAGAGCACAAAGUUUUUGGGCCUUACGUCGACGGUCUUUCCCGCCUUGCUGUGGCCUGCUAUAAGGACAUCGAAUCCCUCAUGUCAGAGGGAAAUAAAUCUCGCACAGUGGCGGCAACGAACAUGAACGAAGAGAGCAGCAGAUCACACGCUGUGUUCAACAUCAUCCUCACACACACACUCAUGGACCUGCAGUCUGGGACCAGUGGCGAGAAAGUGAGCAAGCUGAGUCUGGUGGACUUGGCAGGCAGUGAGCGAGCGGCGAAGACGGGAGCAGCGGGGGAAAGACUGAAGGAAGGGAGCAAUAUCAACAAAUCUCUCAGUACUCUUGGUUUGGUUAUCUCUGCCUUGGCCGACCAGGGAGCUGGGAAGACCAAGUUUGUCCCUUACAGGGACUCUGUCCUCACCUGGCUGCUCAAGGACAGCCUGGGAGGGAACAGCCGCACGGCCAUGGUCGCCACCAUCAGUCCUUCAGGAGACAACUACGAUGAGACGCUGUCUACCCUGCGUUACGCCGACCGAGCAAAGAACAUAGUCAACCACGCCGUCGUCAACGAAGAUCCCAACGCCAGGAUCAUCCGAGAACUGCGAGAGGAAGUGGAAAAACUGAGGGAGCAGCUCACAGAAGCGGAGUCCAUGAAGGCGCCCGAGCUGAAGGAGCGGCUGGAGGAGUCAGAGAAACUGAUCCAAGAAAUGAUGGUGACCUGGGAGGACAAACUCAGGAAGACUGAGGCUGUUGCACAAGAGCGUCAGAAGCAGCUGGAGAGCCUGGGAAUAUCUCUGCAGUCUUCUGGGAUCAGAGUGGUAGAAGACAAGUGCUUCCUUGUCAACCUUAACGCUGACCCUGCUCUCAAUGAGCUGCUAGUCUAUUACCUGAAGGAGCACACUCGCGUGGGCUCGGCUAACUCACAGGACAUCCAGCUGUGUGGAAUGGCCAUCCAAACUGAGCACUGCGUCAUCGACAUCGCUGAAAAUAACAACGUGGUGCUCACGCCUCACCGUAACGCUCGCACAUGUGUAAAUGGUGCCGCCAUCACUAGUCCAGUGCAGCUGCAUCACGGCGACAGAAUCCUGUGGGGGAACAACCAUUUCUUCAGGAUCAACCUGCCCAGACAUAUGGUUCACGAUGAAGCGGACAGUGCUGUGAUGAAGACGUUUUUGAGCGCAGAGCGACUGGAGUCGGAAACGGACGCGUUCAGCGACGUGUCGAGUGAGCGGAGCUUCAGUUACGAGUUUGCCCAGACUGAGGUCAUGAUGAAAGGCAUGGGCAGCAACGACCCCUUACAGUCAGUGCUGCAGACCCUGGAGAGGCAGCAUGAGGAGGAGAAACGCUGUGCCUUGGAGCGGCAGAGGCAGAUGUACGAGCAGGAGCUGCAGCAGCUCCGUCAGAGACUGGAUGUGUCGGGUCUCCCGGCCAGUGCCGCUGCUGUAACAUCACCGGGCUCCCACAAACGUCUGCGGCGGUGGAGUGAGGACAGAGAGGCAAUGAUGACUCGCAGCCUGCGCCGCCUCAGGGAGCAGAUCGUGCGGGCCAACCUGCUGGCUCAGGAGGCCAGCUUCAUCGCAGAGGAACUGAACAAGAGAACAGAGUAUCUGGUCACUCUUCAGAUUCCUGCUUCUAAUCUGGACGCCAACAGGAAGCGUGAUCUGGUGUUGAGCGAGCCGGCCGUUCAGGUCCGUCGUAAAGGUAAAGGGACGCAGAUCUGGGCUCUGGAGAAGAUGGAGAACAGGCUGGUGGACAUGAGAGAGCUCUACCAGGAGUGGAAGGAAUUCGAUGAAGACAAUCCUGUGAUGCGGUCCUAUUUCAAACGUGCCGACCCGUUCUUCGACGAGCAGGAGAAUCACAGUCUGAUCGGCGUGGCCAACGUUUUCCUGGCCUGUCUGUUCUACGACGUCAAGCUGCAGUACGCGGUGCCCAUCAUCAACCAGAAGGGAGAGGUGGCUGGACGGCUGCAUGUGGAGCUGUGGCGGGGGACAGAAGGCUCUGAGGAAGAAGGGGGUCCAGUGCAGAUCCACAACACGGAUGGAGAUUCAGUGGAACGUAACCUGGACUGUGUGGUGAAAAUCCUCCAGGCUACUGGUCUUCCUCGCCAUCUUUCCAACUUUGUCUUCUGCCAGUACCACUUCUGGGGACAAGAAGAGCCCGUGUUCAUCGCUCCAGAGAUGGCACCGUCCACUUCUUCAUCUGACACGAGAGACCCUCAGUGCAGCGUGGUCUUUGACAGCACCAAGGAGUUGUCUGUGCCAGUGUCGGAAGACUUUGUGGACUUUUUGGCUGAAGGGGCUUUGGCCGUCGAAGUGUUUGGUCACAAACAGGAAAUCCAUCGCAGAAACCUGGCGCUCUGGGACCUCGGGGUGAUCCAAGCCAAGACCAGAUCCCUCAGAGAGAGGUGGAGUGAGGUGACUCGUCGGCUGGAGUUGUGGGUGCAGCUGAUGGAGCUGAAUGAGGCCGGAGAGUUCACAGCUGUGGAGGUUCUGCCCGCCAAAGACGUACGCACUGGAGGAAUCUUCCAGCUUAGACAGGGUCAGUCUCGUCGCGUCCGCGUGGAGGUGCGGCCCGUGUGUGACUCGGGCACCAUGCCCCUCAUUGCUGCCUCCGUCCUCUCUGUGUCCAUUGGAGACGUCAAGGUCCGACAGACGCGUCUCUCCAGAGGCAGUGAAUUACACUGGGGUGGUGAUGAAGACAUGGACAGUUAUCAAGAAGUGGACCUGGAGAGGAUGAGAGAACAGUGGAUGGUCACGCUCACUCAGAGGCAGGAGUAUUUGGACCAGCAGCUACAGAAGAUAGUUUCCAAACCAGAUAAGUCAGAGGAUGAUGUUGAGAGAGAGUCCCAGCUGCUGGAGUGUCGUCUGACUCUCACAGAAGAAAGAAACGCUGUCCUGGUGCCGUCAACUGGCAGCGGCAUCCCAGGAGCGCCAGCAGAAAGGGUUCCUGUCUCUGGAAUGGAAACACACAUUCCUGUCCUGUUUCUGGAUCUCAGUGCUGAUGAUUUCCAGUCCAGUCUUUCAUCGUCAUUGGCUGGGGGACUGGACGCGGUACUCAGUGGGGAGAAUGAUGACGAGUUCUUUGACCUUCAUAUUGUUAAACACUACAAUCCAGAGAUAAAGGUGGAGGCUUCCUGGGACUCGACGGUUCACGAGUGCCCUCAGCUGAGUCGCGUGGCGUCGGGCGAGGGGGUUUACCUGACGGUUCGCACUGUGGUCCAGCUCAGCCACCCGGCUCACAUGCAGCUGGUCCUCAGGAAACGCAUCUGUGUCAACCUCGUCGGGAAACAGGGUUUUGCCCAGAGUCUGCUGAAGAGGAUGUCUCAGCGCAGCACCAUCCCCGGCUGUGGGGUCACGUUUGAAAUAGUCUCCAACAUCCCAGGGGACAUCCACGGCCCAGAGGACAGAGAGAUGUUGGCCAGGCUCGCUGCCAGCGCUGAGGACGACCAGUCAGCUGACAGUGAAGCAGCCAUAGAGAAAUACCUGCGCAGCAUCCUGGCUGUGGAGAACAUCCUCACGCUGGACCGGCUCAGACAGGAGGUGACUGUGAGGGAACAGCUGGGGGUCAAAGGGAAACCUCCCCAACGCUGCCUGAGCACUCCAAAUAUCAACCGGCUGACAGCCAGCAGUCUGGAUCUCUACUCCUCUUCUCAUCAGCUCAAUGACUUGAAUAGCUGGAAGAGUCACCAAGACCUGUGUGUGGUGCCUCCUCCUCCUCCUCCUCCUCCGUCCAGACGCACAAUGCCCAGUUCUAUAUCCCAGAGUCUGAACCCAGAAACAGUGCAUUCAGGCUUUGCCACAUCUUAUCUCUCUCCAGUGAAGGCCGUGCCUAAGCUGCUCAAGUCGCUGCUUCCUGGUGGGAAGGAAGAUAGUCGAGCGCAGACGGCUGUCCCUCAGCAGAUCUUGCCGCGUAUCGUGGUGCAGUCGGCCAGUGUUGAGGAGGGCAUGAGCAAACACCAACAACCAGUUCCCAUUGAUGAAAUUAUUCCUGCCAACAUCGAGACAGAAAUCCCCAGAUCUGUGCCUCUCCCGCCGCCCAUCAUCCCAGAAACGGAGGAAUCCUCGCCGAGCCCGGUGAGCGAGGACUCCAGUGGAUACAUGUCCACCAGCGUUUCCACGGCAACGCUGUCGGACGUCUACACACUGAGCUGGGACCUGCCUCAGUUGUCGAGCUUUGACAUGGUGCCGGAUGAAGAAGAGGAAGCGACGUACGCUGACACUUAUCGUCGAUUCUUACCUGUGAACCAAUCAGAACCUCAGGAGUCAUCGCUGGCAGCUGCAGAGCGGGUCGAGUCGCCACUUCCCAAUGAAUGUGACACUCCAUCAGAUUCAAAUCUAAGUCCGCAAGAACCACAUCAGUCUCUGUCGGUCCCGAUGGAGGAGCCCGAUUCAGCUGCAGAGUCGGACGCACCAGGCCAAGACGAACAAAAACAAGAGUCCACAACGGACCAGAGUGGAUUAGACAAUUUGGAGAUAUUAGAAGAAUCAGUGGAAUCACAGCAGAAUGAAAUCAAACACGUGGAAUUACCACAAAUACACGAGUCAGGAUCAGAAACUCCAGUGAGAGAAGAGCUCAAACCCACAGAAGCUGAAACACAACCACCUGAACAAGAAGGUCCGAAUCAGCUGGAAUCAAUAACCUCAGAGCCUCAGGAACCAAAACCAGACCCAGAAGUCUUUGACAGUAUUCAAGAUCCAGACACAGCUCCUGCUCCAGAACCAUCUGAAGACCCAGCUCCUGCUCCUGCUCCAGAACCAUCUGAAGACCCAGCUCCUGCUCCUGCCCCAGAACCAUCUGAAGACCCAGCUCCUGCUCCUGCUCCUGCUCCAGAACCAUCUGAAGACCCAGCUCCUGCUCCUGCUCCAGAACCAUCUGAAGACCCAGCUCCUGCUCCUGCUCCAGAACCAUCUGAAGACUCCGCUCCUCCACCUCCAGAGGAACAGCCAACUUCUGAGGCCUCAGAUCCAAACAACACGACCUCAUCUGAAGCAACAGAUGAGCUUCAACAGGAAGAACCUGCCACUGCAUCUCCAGAGGUCACCACAGCUCCCGACAGUCAGCCUCCCUUACCCGCAGCCUCCGCAGUCAGCAACCCCUUCAAAAUCCAGAAGGUAAAGUCCAAAGACCUCAAGUCCUUCCAUCGUAUGCUGGACGAGGAGGACCCCGGGGCCGGGGAUCAGGCCAGCAGCGUCAACCUCUCUGUGCCGGUGGAAGGUCUGGAAAUCAUCUCUGACUCUGAGGAGGGAGACGCAGCGACGUCCGCUGUUCUUCCCGAGUGGCUGAAAGAAGGCGAGUUUGUAACUGUGGGGGCCAAUAAGAGCGGGACUGUACGAUACGUGGGACCCACCGACUUUGCUGCAGGUACCUGGGUGGGAGUAGAACUGGAGGUACCAGCAGGAAAGAAUGACGGCUCUGUGGGCGGCAAGCACUACUUCCACUGUAACCCAGGCUAUGGCGUGCUGGUGCGGCCCAACAGAGUGACCCGCUGUGGAGCCAAACGCCGCCGCCAGCAGCAAAAGCGCCGCAGUGCCAACCUCUCCGGGUCCAGCCCGAACCUGGCAGCGCUGACCGCUCUGGCUAAAGGUGACGCCAGCGGCGGAGCAGCAGCAGCGAGCGGCGGCCGCAGCAGAGGAGAGAACAGGAAGUCCUGGAACACUUGAGGCGCAUCGGCGUCUGUCCGCCGUCACUCAGCGGCUGGCUGAUGUGACGAUGGGGUAAGUUUGACAGAACAGUGUUUUUAGAAAAGGCAGAUUUACUCCAGGAGGCACAAAGUGAGUCAGCCCACGCUGCUCUGUUGGAAGAUGAAAUUCAUCACGAGUUCAUUGGAGUUCAUUAUCAUUAUUAUUAUUAUUAUUAUUAUUAUUACUACCUGACGAAACAUAGUGAUUAAAAAAAAACAUGUUUUAGGUUUAUACAUGCUGCAAUUAUCCAUGUCUCUGUAGUCAGUGGAUGAAUCACUUUUGUGAUGUAUUUAUUUGAGCGAUACGACAUAGAAAUGAAAGCACUGCCUCAAGAUCACCACAUUUCUUCCUUUUCUGCCAGUAAUGACUUUUAUUUUUGUGCCUUACAAUAGUACGACUACUACAUAGCCAAUGUGCCUUACUACGACGACAACAACACUAUUGAUCCGUGACUGUUAAAGCUGCUGUAGGCAGGAUUGAGAGGGAAAAAAAGAGUUUAAUCUGCAGGAUUAUUCAGGUCUCUGUCCUUCAUAUGUGACAUAAUAUGAUGCCAUCUCUGCAGAUACUGACAGACACUGUUUUAUUGUCCAAUUCUCUUUACUUUUUUAUUUAGGGUUUUUUUGUAGCAUAGGAAGUUGUUGCUGGUGCUGGAUUAGCCACAUCUGUGUGUUAUGAAGUUGAGGUAAAACAGCCAAUAGGAGCAUCUGUUGUCUGUCCUGUGAUUGGUUUAAAUCUCCCAUUAUGUGACAGAUGUAUCAAAGGUUUGAAACAAUAACACGAGCGAGCCGUCAUGUCAAAGGGUUUUUAUGCAAUUAUCCAUCAAUCGCGCCAAAGGAGUCCUCUCUACUGUUCCUUUUACUUUUUAUUUCUGCCCUUGAAAUGACAAAUACUACAUAAGUUUUAAAGAAAAAUCAGCGCCAUCCUACAGAAUGUGUGUGAAGAUUGAGAGUGAUGUCAUUUUAAAGAGAAGUGUGUGUGUGUUUGUUUUCUUCGUGAUUUCUAGUUUUGGGAGCUUUGUGACGUGAGCGUGGUAAAGCAAUUGUUUUAUGCCUCUGCAUUCAAGUUUCUCAGUGUGACCAGCUGAAUGCUUAUUUAUUAAAAUAUGUGUAUAAUACAUUGAUUAUGAAAAGAAAAAAGAAUCAACUUUUUUUUUAAUGAUGUUUAAAUAAAUAAAAGUAAUGAAUGAUAAAUGUCA